UCAUCAUUUACAUUUGAUGGACAAACAAUUUCUUAUUAUGAUGCAACAUUUAUUCCAUUACAUAAUCAACAAGAUGAAUUACGUUUACGUUUUAAAACAAAUUUUCCAAAUGGAGUUUUAUUUUAUGCUAAAGGAACACAAAAUAAUGAUUAUUUAACUGUUGAACUUCGUAAUGGAAGUAUUUUUGUUGGAAUUGAUUUAGGUUCAACUCCUGAACGUCCAGGUGCAACAGUUAUUCAAGCUGGAAGUGUACUUGAUGAUUAUCAAUGGCAUGAUUUAGCUGUUGUACGUUAUUGGAAAAAUAUUUCUGUUAAAAUUGAUCAAACUGUUGUAUAUGAUGAAUCACAAAGUGCUUUCAAUGCUUUAGAUCUUGAUGGAAAGGUAAGAAGAAAUUGGAUUUGUAUUUUGAUUUUGUAUUGGAAAAUGUUUUCCUGCUUAGAAAAUGAGAUUAGAAACAUGUUCGAUGCGCAUCCGAGUUUUUGUUAUUAUCUAAGGUGCUCAGAAUUUAAAAUCAUAGUGCAAAAAAUGCAUUUCGUUGAAUUUUACAUCAUAUAAUAGAACUCAUGAAUCUGUUUCCGAGUAUCAUAUUUUUAAUCUCGUGUAACCUUAUUCUCGUCGAGAAAUGUUCAUAGUACAAGCUAUAUUUGGAAAGUCGAUAACAGAAUUUUUAUUCUAAUUCAACAUAAAAAACAUUGUCAACACAAUCCCUAUGGGAUUAAAAUGUGAAACAUGAUAUAGCUGUUGUUGCUAAUCAUAGGGAGAUUGUUUUAUUUUAUUGAUUCUGUGACAUAUUUCUUCACCAUCGUUUUACUUAAUCCUCCAGAAAUGCCAUAAGAAAGUAGUUCAUAUAUUAUAACGAAACGUUAUUUGAUCGUAUGUGAACACAGUCUGUGACGCCGAGGGGAAAGUUGCUAAGGUGUCUGUCAUGGUCUUUGGAGGGGGGUGAAAAUAUCUAUCCAAUAUACUUCAAUAUUCCUUUUAGGUCGUGUUUCACAAAGAGGAGUAUGAAUGUAUAUAUCUCAAUGUGUUUGAUUAUUGUUCCUUUGCUUAACAGAAUCCUCCUGGAUAUUCCAAACCUAUAUAAUUUUUUGCUUGAGGAAUUUUUCUGAAAUGUCAAACAUCAUUGGAACCGUUAAGAGCCAGAGAGCAAAAUUAUAAAACAUUUUUUGUUUUGAAAAACUGGUAAUGUUUAAUGAGAAUUAUUUAAUGACAAAGUGCAUAUGCGAUUCGAUAUCAGUAUAAAAAACUGAAUCGAAUGACACAUGGUUUUUUCCAGAAUAUAUUUUUCGCCAAAAUCACGCCCAGAGAGAGAGUACAGACGUGAUUCUUGUCAUUGAAUAAAAUUAUAGUAGUCAAAAUUGCUUGAUGCGAGCCCACUUUUGGCAUGAUUUCACCAUCGAAAACAAAACUACCGAUUUUCUCAUUAAACAUUACAAGCUUUUCAAAAAAAUGUCUCUUACAUUUGUGAAAAGCUCUUCGAGCAAAAAAUUAAAUAGGUUUAAAAUAUCCAGCAGGAUUUUGUCGAGCG